AUGAAGUUCCAGAUCUUUACCGCAGCUCUUUAUGCCUCAUUGGCACUUGCAUCCGCUAUCCCUCAGCCACCAGUUGGAGGUGUCUCUGCCCUUCAGGCCCGAGGCGUUGACAUUGACAACAAGCCAGAAGAGGACUGGGUGUGUCCCGGUAAGGACGGCAAGACGGUAACUUACAAAAAGAACGAAAUCAAUGCCGCGAUUACGAAGGGCGUUGAACUUGCCAAAGAUGGCAAACAAGUCAGCAACGGCAACGACAACCCGUUUCCCUGUAUCCCGGACAAAUACAAAGACGCCAAGCACUUUCCCAUGAAGAACGGAAAGGGCGCUUUCAACGGUCAACGGCCAGCAAAGCCUGAGCGUGUCAUGUACCUACACUCAGGUGAUUCGGAUGACGCGGAGUUCAUCGGGCUCUGGACCCACGAGGGUGCUGCUAAGGGACAGUUCUUGCAGUGCCGCGAGAAGGACGACUAA